AGGCAGACGCCGAGAGAGAACCACUUUACCCAUCAUUUCUGUAUAGUCAGAUACACGGUUACAAAAGCCCAACUUCAAACGCUACAUAUCAAAGUGAUAUUCGCCACGCCCGCCGCUAGUAUUCACUCCCCACCACCGGGUUCCCAUUGGGUGGGCCUAGGACACGACGGCCAAUGGUUUGAAGUAACGUAUCCCCACUUCGAUGUAAGUCAGGAGUCCCAUACUCUGUUAUGGUGUAGUGUCGGGAUUGUUGCGUUAGUUUUAAACGGUAUACGCGGUUGUUACCUUCGUUGCAAGGUAUGUUUCUGACUGUUCCGUAGUGAUAUAUUUAUAUUUGUUUAAUGUAAAUAUAAAACUGAUCGGCGUCGCUUGUUAUGAAUUGAUCUAGCGGUCGUGUAAGAAGUUAUCAACCUGGCUGCUCACAUGGCUUUAGGACUGAGCUCCGGUAGUUCCGGGGCCCAUUCUGACGCCUCUUCGUCCCCGGGGAUCAGCGUCCCUAUACCGGUGGUCCCUUCAGUGCCCGUCUUACCUAACCCAAUGUUCGCGUUACCCACCCUGAAUUUCACGGUGGCUCAAGUGGCCGCAGUGUGCGAAACCCUGGAGGAAAGUGGCGAUAUAGAACGUCUUGCGAGGUUCCUGUGGUCUUUGCCGGUGGCGCACCCCAACAUCAGUGAGUUGAACAAGAACGAGGCCGUGCUGAGGGCCAAGGCCAUAGUUUCGUUUCACAGUGGUAAUUUUCGGGAACUGUACAACAUCCUGGAGACGCACAAGUUCACCAAGAGCUCGCACGGCAAGCUGCAGGCUAUGUGGCUGGAGGCGCAUUACCAGGAGGCGGAAAAGCUGAGGGGGAGGUCGUUGGGUCCCGUGGACAAGUAUAGGGUGAGGAAAAAGUUUCCCUUGCCCAGGACUAUUUGGGAUGGCGAGCAGAAGACGCACUGUUUCAAGGAGAGGACCCGUAGCUUGCUUAGAGAGUGGUAUCUCCAGGAUCCUUACCCUAACCCGACGAAAAAGAGGGAGCUGGCCCAAGCUACUGGAUUGACCCCUACCCAGGUCGGAAACUGGUUCAAGAACAGGAGACAGAGGGAUCGCGCCGCCGCCGCUAAGAACAGGAUGCAACAACAACAACUCGCCUCCCAACUGGCCCACCACGGGGGCUCUGCCCGACCGCCCCCCCUCAGCCCGGCCCCGUCCGACAGCGACUCGGACAUCUCCCUGGGCUCGCACACCCCCCCCAGCACCUCCCCCGGCCCCCUGCUCUUCGGCAGGAGCUCCCCCAACCCCAUGACCAGCUUCAGGUUCGGGCCGCACUCGCCCGGUCCCAUGCCGCCCCAGUUCCACUUCGGCGCCCACAAUCCCGGCUUCAGGAUCGACAGGCAGUCGCCCACGCCACCGCCCAGCUUCAGGCUGGACAGGAAGCUGAUGAGCAGCCCCGAGUCCGAGCCCUCCGGGCCCUACCUCAGGCUGCAACGCGACGAGUCGCCCAUAGACGUGGACUCGAACAAGACGCCCAGUCCAGCGCGAGGCGAGAGCCCACCGCCCGCCUCGCUCGCCCGCUCGCCUCCCCCCAUGAACCUCAUCAUGUCCGACAGCGCGCGGAUGGCCCACCCUGAGAACGCCGGUAUCAAGAUUGAGGCCCCCAUGGCCUUGAGGCUUGGUCCUCCGCACCAGAUGCCUUCAGACCACCAGCUUCGGAUCCAAGUCAGCGCGCCUAGCAAGAUCGCCAGCCAUUCCUCCCCCCACAGCACCCUGAUCGGCAUGCCGCACCUCAACGGUGGCAUAGUGAGGAUAGCCGGUCCCCCCACCAACAAUAACAACCCCCAAAACCUCCAUAGACCCUUCUCGCCGCCGAGGCUAACGUGAUACACGCCGCUAGAGUGGAGCGGGCUGUAAAUUUUCGAAUUGUUGCAAUAUUGUACAUUUUUAGGUUAUGUAUCUAUAUAUAUAUAACGGCUUGUGUAAAGUUUUCUGUGUAUAUAUUGUGAUUUAACAGUAAGGAGAACUGACGGUGGCCCACAGGUGAUUUUCAACGAUACCUCUUUCUUUUUCGUCUAGUCAUAGAUUCGUUAAGCUGUAAAUACUUCCUUUUUCAACGGGAAUUCACUCAUUCUAAUCUAUGAUCGACAUAGAUUCAAUCUGAUUGGAUUCCGAAUGGAGAUCUUCUGGAAGAUUCGAAAUUCAUACAUUCUUGGGGCUUAAAUUCAUUCUUAUUUUUUUUCGUUAUGGUAACAUUGAUUGGAUGAAACAAGAAGAAUUUAGCUAUUUCUAUGUAUGCUCUUUUUCUCAUCUAUUCUCGGGGUUUCUAUAUUUUUUUGAACACUUAUGGAGUUUUAAAUGUUACGA